CCAGUUUGCACUGAUUAUACACGCACACACCGCAAGGAAAUUCUCCUACCCUUUUACCCCCACAGUACAAACAAAGCUUCGUGUAUAUAUAUAUAUUGAUACACCGCAGCCUGUAGUAUCACAAACGUGCCAUGAAGUGCUUGGUUGUGUUAGGAGUUCUACUGGCACUGGUCGCGGUAGCCGCACCUAUGUGCUGGCGUCGACAAUGCUCCCCGCGGCCCCCUGGCGCCGAAUGUCGCUAUGGUUACCUAACGGAUAGAAGAGGAUGCAUGACAUGCAUAUGCAAAAGAGGACCUAAACUCCCACACUGCCCUUCAGUGAUGUUGUCCCAUCCAAGGAUUUGCGCCAUCGCCAAAUUCAGGAGUCAGUGUUCCAGAACAUGGCGAUGUUUCCCUGGUAUGACCUGUUGUCCAGGAAUAUGCGGAUCAUCAAAAUGUAUUCGAUUAAAACCCAGAUGUCCUUAUCUUCUUUGUGCACGCCCACCGGGUGGCAGUUGUCCGUUUGGUUAUGAAACAGAUGGGUAUGGAUGUCCAACUUGUAUCUGUAAAGGGAUCAGACCUGGGUACAAUUGCCCGGCCAUACAAUACAUCAGAGCACCAGACUGCACCAGAGUACGUGUCGCCUGGGAAUGCACUAGUCUGCAAAGAUGUCCAUUCGGAAAAUCCUGCUGCCCAGGUAUAUGUGGUGGAACUGUCUGUGUGAAGGCGCAACCCAUUUGUCCUCUCCGACCUCCAUGUGCAGCUGGCGGCCGUUGUCGCUGGGGAUACAAGAAAGACAGGAAUGGAUGCCCAACCUGUGAAUGCCGUAAGCUUGACUAG